AUGGCCCCCGCUAUUGUCGUCGACAAGGCCGGCGCUGCCCCUGCGCCCUCGCAGGAAGACGUGCAGGCGUUCCUGAGCAGCAUCGUCACCGCAAAGACGUCGCACGCCUCGGUCGAGGCCGCCUACGCCCUCACCGACCUGCUGCAGAACUCGGUCGGCUUCCGCGGCCUCAAGGGCUACGGCGUCCUCGACUCGCUCAAGAAGUCGGCGAGCAACAAGAAGGACCCGGUCCAGCGCGAGGGUGCCGCCAACGGCAUCGGCGCCCUGUUCGAGCGCUUCCCGCGCUCGCAGAAGCUGACCGAGGUCGUCUUCCUGCUGCAGGACGACGCCCUGCUGCCGCUGACCAUCGACCUGCUGUCUGACAAGGCUGCGCCCGUCCGCGAGUCGGCCAAGUAUGCGCUCGACUCGCUGUUCGAGAACCUGAAUGCCGAGGCCAAGGUCUUCGGUCUUCUGCCCGUCCUCAUCAAGUACCUCGGAAAGAAGUCUGGCAAGUGGCAAGGCGCCGUCGGCGCGCUCGAGCUGAUCGGCCGCAUGGCCGAAAAGGCCAAGAUGGGCAUGGAGAGCCUCGAGGUCGAGAAGGAGAAGGACGUUCUCCGCGAGGCCAUGGGCAAGAAGCUCGAGCGCCUCAUCCCCAUCGUCGAGGGCAGCAUGCACGACCUCAAGUCCGAGGUCGCAAAGCAGGCAAACAAGACAAUGAACAGCCUCACCACCCUCCUCCAGAACGACGACAUCGCCCCCCGGAUACCCCUCCUCGUCAAGGCCAUCGAGGACCCCUCCACACAGAGUCUGCAGAAGGCCAUCCACGCCCUGUCGCAGACCACCUUUGUUGCCAUUGUCACUUCUCCUGUCCUCGCCAUGGUCACGCCUCUGCUCGAGCGCUCCCUGAACAACCCCAACACAACCCAGGAAGUCACUCGCCAGACCGUAGUCGUCGUCGAGAACUUGACCAAGCUCGUCCACGACCCCAUCGAGGCUCGUGCUUUCCUGCCCAAGCUGAGGCCUGGCGUCAAGGCCGUCCUCGACCGCGCCUCCAUGCCCGAAGUCCGUGAGAUUGGUGGUCGCGCGCUGGCUGUCAUCGACGACGCCAUGGCAGACAAGGACGGAAACGUCGAGCACGGUGCCCUGGCCCGUGUCUCGCCCGCAGAGAUUGCCCAGGUUCUUGACAAGCACAUCAGCAGCGUCGGCGGCAUGCAGAACUUCCCCGGUGAUGCUGAGCUUUGGGCCAUUGCCAAGGGCUACAUCUCGGAGAUGAUCGCCGAAGACAUUUUCGAGCGCGAGAUCAAGCGCAUCUCGUCGCUUGUCGGUCCUUACCUCCAGCCGCUGAUGAACGCUGGAGACGCCGACAAGGUCUCCGAGGCCGUCUCUCAGUUCUACAUCGACGAGGACCACCGCAAGUUUGGCCAGCCCGUCGUCGAGGACGACGGAGAGACCGAGAUUGUCAACGCCACCUUCUCCCUGGGAUACGGUGGUAUGUUGCUUCUCUCGCACACCAACCUCCGCCUGCUCAAGGGCCACCGUUACGGUCUUUGCGGUCGCAACGGUGCCGGAAAGUCUACGCUCAUGCGCAGCAUCGCCAACGGCAAGCUCGAGGGCUUCCCUCCCCAGGACGAGGUCAAGACCUGCUUCGUCGAGCACAACCAGGGUGAAGACGCCGAGAUCACCAUUCUCCAGUACAUCGUCAACGACCCCAGGUUCAAGGACGAGACCAGGGAGCGUAUCUCUGAAGUUCUGGAAGAGGUCGGCUUCACUUCUGGUCCCGAGGGCAGGCAGUCCAACAAGGUUGGCUCUUUGUCCGGAGGUUGGAAGAUGAAGCUUGCUUUGGCGCGCGCCAUGCUUAUGCGUGCCGACGUUCUGCUGCUCGACGAGCCUACCAACCACUUGGAUGUCGCCAACGUUGCCUGGCUCCAGGAGUACCUCAAGAGCCACACCGAGAUUACCAGCUUGAUCGUCUCCCACGACUCUGGGUUCCUCGACGCUGUCUGCACAGACAUCUACCACUACGAGCAGAAGAAGCUUGUUUGCUACAAGGGUAACCUUGCCGACUUUGUCAGGCAGAAGCCUGAAGGCAAGAGCUACUACACUCUCUCUGCCUCGCAGGUCCAGUUCAAGUUCCCUCCUCCCGGUAUCUUGACUGGUGUCAAGUCCAACACUCGUUCCAUUCUGCGUAUGACCGACUGCACAUUCACAUACCCCGGCGCCUCCAAGCCGUCCCUCUCCAACGCCUCCUGCAACUUGUCGCUCUCCUCUCGAGUCGCUAUCAUUGGUGCCAACGGUGCCGGUAAAUCGACCCUUAUCAAGAUCCUUACCGGCGAGGUUGUUCCCCAGGACGGAAAGGUGGAGAAGCACCCUAACCUGCGUAUUGGAUACAUCAAGCAGCACGCUCUCGAGCACGUUGAGAUGCACUUGGAGAAGACACCCAACCAGUACCUCCAGUGGCGCUACGCCAACGGUGACGACCGCGAAGUGCUGAUGAAGCAGACUCGUGUUCUUACCGCAGAGGACAAGGCGCAGAUGGAAACACCCAUCGACCUUGGCGAUGGCAAGGGCCCACGUAGGAUUGAAGCACUGAUUGGUCGUCAGAAGUACAAGAAGACCUUCCAGUACGAGGUCAAGUGGCUCCACAUGCUUCCCAAGUUCAACACUAUGAUUUCACGCGAGACACUGUUGGAGAAGGGUUUCCAGAAGCUGAUUCAAGAAUUCGACGACCACGAGGCGUCCCGUGAGGGUCUCGGUUACCGUGUCCUCGAGCCCAAGGUCAUCUCCAAGCACUUUGAGGACUUGGGCAUGGACCCUGAGAUCGCCAACCACAACGAGAUCUCUGGUCUCUCCGGAGGUCAGAAGGUCAAGGUCGUGCUUGCUGGUGCCAUGUGGAACAACCCCCAUCUUCUCGUCCUCGACGAGCCGACCAACUUCUUGGACCGCGACUCUCUCGGUGGUCUUGCCGUCGCUAUUCGUGAAUACAAGGGUGGUGUCAUCAUGAUUUCCCACAACGAGGAGUUUGUCGGUGCGCUCUGCCCCGAGCAAUGGCACGUCGCUGACGGCAAGGUUGCGCACAAGGGCCACCUUGCUAUCGACAUGGGCCGCUUCGAGGACUCUCGUCCUGGAUCGUCGGUCGCUAGCAGCAACGUUAGCUCCGCCGCACCCAGCUCUGCUGGUACACCGAUGGGAUCUGACACCGAGGGCAACAAGGACGACAUGAAGUUCAAGGCCAAGAAGAAGAAGAAGAUGACCCGCCAGCAGCAGAAGGACCGUGAGGUCAGGCGCAGGUUGAGAUACAUUGAAUGGCUCAACAGCCCCAAGGGUACUCCCCAGCCCCCUAAUACGGAUGACGAGGCCGAGUAG